AUGAUCAAAUUUCCCAAAGUUAAACCCUAUUUUACCAGUCAUCACGACACCCUACACAAUAUUUACACCUCAAUGAAGCCUAUCUAUGGCAUUUGCAAGCUAAUUGGUUUGAAUACGAUUCGAAUAGGACGCAAGGGUGAAUUAAAACAGCAAAAAUCUGAUUACUUUUAUUUCAGUUUUUAUAUCAUUUUGUACACACUUUUGAGUGUUUAUUCACUUUUUCAAAUUGCAACCAACGAGAAUAAUGAACUGGUGAUCAGCAAACACCUGGUUUUUGUCGAGUGUUUUGUAAUGAUGGCCCUUACUUUAAUUGUUACUCUUUUCACGUUUCUGGUUCGAGGCACUUUGAUUAAGUCUUUUGAUAUGUUAUCACACGUGGAUGUUUCUUUUAUUAAGGCUGGUUUCCGAUUGGAGUACAAGCAGCUUUUGAAAAAAAGUUACCUAAUUAUGAGCUUUGUACUUUUUUCUUUAUUGGCUCGUGUCCCUUUGAUGCUAAUGACAAUUUCAGCCGAUUUCAUCCAACAAAUUAUGCUAUUCAUCUCAGCUUUGAUUAAAGCUUUCUCAAAAUACCAAUUUGUGGUCUUUGUUGUACAACUUCAACACCGUUUUGGUAAAAUUAACAGUAUCAUGCGAUCCUUUUAUAUUGACAACAACCAAAAUGAUAAAACUCCACCAAUUUCUGAUCAUUUGUACUUCUUGUGCCGACUUCAUUAUAAACUAACCAGUGUUUUGCAAAAAAUCAAUUCUGCAUUCGCAGUGCAAUUAUUAGUCUCCAUUGCUGUUUCUCUUUUUAACGUACUUUUUCAAGCUUACUAUUUGUAUUAUGUGGCCACGGGUAAAGCUUCUUUUGUCACUGUACCAAUGAUAGUGUGUCCCGUUGUUUGGUUGAUGGAUGAAGUCGUCGAAAUUUACCUCUUGGUGCAUGCCUGUGCAAGCACCUGCGAAUAUGCAAAUGAUACUCCGACUAUCUUACACGAAUUGAGAAACAGCUACUUCAACAUGGACUUAGAAAACAAUAUUCAAAGUUAUUCAUUGCAGUUGUUGCACCAGAAGGUGCAGUUCUCGGUGUUGGGUUUUUUCGUCGUGGAUUAUACGUUGGUUUACUCGAUUGUUGGAGCUGUUACAACGUAUUUGGUCAUUUUUAUACAAUUUGACCAAUCUUCAAACAGUCAGAAUUCCUAUGUUGUCACAAACAAUAACACUAACCCAAUUAAUUAAAAGCGGACUAAAUUUAUUAACAAAACUAGUAAAUCAAAUAAAAUAACAAUUCGCAUUAUCAUAUUUUAAAUGAAAAAACAAAUAGUUAUCAUAUGCUACAAUUCUCCAAAAAGUGAUAAACUGUUUCUCCUAGAUCUAGUUCCGUUUUUGUGGGGAAAAAUACUUUUGGGACUAAAAGUAACAAAAGUAUUUUUACCUCCAAAAAGUUAACAUCAAAUCUAUAUAGCCUUAAAAUUGCCAGGUAGAAUAAGUUAGAAGAAGAUAGUAUUUCUUUUCGUUCAAAAAAAUAGUCGCUUUUGUCGCUUUCU